ACAAAAUACAAACAUCUACACUGAUACAUCAAUAAUAAUCGAUACAAAUGAUGACGAUGUUGAUAAUGAUAGUGAUGUUGAUAUUUAUGAAAAGAUACGUAAACAGAUUGGUUUCUAUUUUAGUUCAUCCAAUAUUCAUUAUGAUAAAUUUAUGCAACGUUUAAUCGGUAUUAGUGGACAAAAAUCAAAUGAUAACCAUAAUAAUAUGGAAAUGGAUGAUAAUGAUAAUGAUGAUGAUGAAGAUCAUCAUUAUGGUAUACGUCCAGUACAUUUAAAAGAAUUUUUACGUUUCAAUAAAAUACGUGAACUGACCAAUUCAUUGGACGAUUUAUUAAGAGCAUUCAAUAUUGAUGAUUACCCUGAUCUGGUUGAUACAUUUCUGGCACGACAUGAUUUAAAUUACGACAGUGAAACACAAUCAUUACAACGUUUGAAACCAUAUCACAUAUCAAUUGAUAAUCUUAAUAAUCGUACAAUUUAUUUGGAAGGUUUUGAUCCACAAAUAUCCAGAAUUGAUGACAUAUUACGUGGUUAUCUAGAAAUAUUGGGACCAAUACUAUCGAUACGUGUGCAGAAACGUUCCAAAUUGUUAGGAUUUGCUUUCGUUGAAUAUGAACACGAAAAAGAUGCUCGAUUAUUUUGCAAUUGGUUUAAUAAUAAUAAUAAUAAUAAUAGAUCGGAUGAAAUGAAUACCACCGUAAAAAUGGAUAAAUUACUACAAAUUGAGAAAGAAUUACAAAAUAUUAAACAAAAUGAUAACGAAAUUCGUGUAUCAUCUAAAAGUGAAUGGAAUCAUUAUAAAAAUCGUUAUCUACGAACACAACGACGUUGCCGGAUAAAAUCAAUGAAACGUGAACAAGAAAUACAGCAAAGUUUUGAAUUGUAA